UGGUUGUCUAACAGAAAUCUAAAGGUGUUGCCUGAAAUACCUUCGAAUACCACGAGUCUUUUGAUCAGUUCAAUGUCUUUUUGGUGUCGCAAUGUUGACAUAUCAGGUACUGAAAAAUUGAGAGAUUCAGUUAAUGUUAGUAUAAUAAUGCUUGAAGUUUGAGCUACAUGCAUGUUUUUCUAUGAGUCUGCUUGAAAUUUUAAGAUGGUUUGCCUUAUAUGCAGAUUAUAUAGAUGGAAUUUCAUGUUCAAUGCCUCACUUUGAUUAUCUUUAGUCCAAAAUGGGUUUUUCUUUCAUUUUAGAAGUCGAGUAUUAUCUAUUUAUCUUCAAUGGUUGUUUCUAUGUGAUAUGCCUUUUCUUUUUAAACCUAUCUUCCAUUUAAUUGGAAUACAACUGUAUUUUACCGGAUAUCAGUUUCAAUUGUUCUUUUGGGUAGUUUGCUUAACAUAAAAGAGUUCAAGUAUCUUAGCUGGUGUAUCAUUAUAAAUCUCUGCUAUAAAUAUUUAAACCAAGUUGCAUUAAUGAAGACACGUGAAAUAUUGAUAAAAGAAAAGGAUUCUCCAUGGUUAUGCCUCUUAUACGAUAUUCCGAGAUUCUAGCCAUAAAAGAAAUUGAUUUUUUGCAUGUGCUGGUAAGGAAGAUUAUGUUUAUUUAAACCAUCCAUACAAAAUGUCAGUUUCGAAAGACAAGCAGGUAUCAAGAUUCUGCAAGUGUAUAAAUAACAGUUUUGUAUAGUUCUUACCAUGGAUAACCAAUUCAAGCUGCUCCCAUUGUGCUUCACCUUCCUUGUCUUCAUUUUCAUGGUGUUGAAGCUAUGGAUGAGAUCCAAAAUAAAGGACUCGCCCAAGAAUCUACCCCCUGCACCAUGGAAGCUACCUCUAGUAGGCCACUUGCACCUUUUAAUGUUUUCUCUCCCCCAUCACCGCUUGACCGAAUUAGCCAAAAGGCAUGGUUCCCUGAUGCACCUACAGCUUGGUGAAUUAUCACACAUUGUUGUUUCUUCUCCAGAGGCUGCUAAAGAAGUGAUGAAAACACAUGAUAUAAAUUUUGCUACCAGGCCUUAUCUCCUUGUUGCAGAAAUCAUAGGGUAUAAUUUUUCUGAUAUUGGUUUUGCACCGUAUGGAGACACUUGGAGGCAGCUUCGAAAAGUUUGCACAUUGGAGCUGUUAAGUAUGAAACGUGUACAAUCCUUCCGAUCAAUCAGAGAAGAGCAGGUAUCAAGUUUAAUUCGAUCCAUCUAUUCUAAUACAGGAUUGGAAAUCAACCUUGGAGAAAUGUUAUGCAACUCAUCAUAUAACAUCACUCUAAGGACUGCUUUCGCCGCAAGAUGCAAGCAACAUGAUGCAUUCAUUUCAAUUGCGAGGAACCUGGUGGAAGCUGCGGGUGGUUUUAGUAUUACUGAUCUGUUUCCUUCCAUCAAAUUGCUUCCCAUGAUUAGUGGGAUGAGAGCCAAACUUGAGAGGUGGCACCAGGAUUUGGACGCGAUGCUUGAAAGCAUCAUUGAAGAGCAUAGAGCCAGGAAUGCAAAUACGAAAGACAGUGAUGACGUAACCGAUGAUCUCGUUGAUGUUCUUCUGAAUCUCCAGGAUGACGGAGGCCUUGAAUUUCCCUUAAGAACUGAAAAUAUCAAAGCUGUUAUCCUGGACAUGCUUAUUGCUGGAACUGAGACAUCUUCAACUGCAGUAGAAUGGGCAAUGUCGGAAAUGAUAAAAAAUCCUAGAAUCCUUGAAAAAGCACAAGCCGAGGUGAGGCAAGUCUAUGAUAGAACAGGGGAUGUCAACGAAGCAGACCUUCAUGAAUUGAAGUACUUGAAGUUAGUUAUGAAGGAAACUCUAAGGUUACACCCUCCUGUACCUUUGCUACUUCCAAGAGAAAGUAGGGAGAGAUGUGAAAUUAAUGGAUAUGCGAUACCAGCCAAGACCAAAGUGAUUGUUAAUGCAUGGGCCAUUGGAAGAGAUUCCAACUAUUGGAAUGAGGCCGAGAGGUUCUAUCCAGAGAGAUUCAUAGAUAGUUCAGUUGACUAUAAGGGGACCAACUUCGAGUUUAUUCCAUUUGGUGCUGGAAGGAGGAUAUGUCCUGGCAUGUCAUAUGGUAUGGCUGUGGUUGAGCUUUCCCUUGCACAAUUACUUUAUCAUUUUGAUUGGAAGCUCCCUAAUGGUAUGAAGAAUGAGGAUCUGGAUAUGACUGAGAUCUUUGGUGCUACUGCAGGAAGAAAAAGAGAUUUGCGCCUUAUUCCUAUUCCUUACCACCCACCAUCAUCUGUUCAAUAGUUAGAAUAAUAUUUAUGUAAUAUUUCUUAAUA